AAUGGGGAUUUGCAAAUCCAAAAAACAAAGUCAUUCUCCUCCAUAAAACUAAAAAAAUUAGAUUAAAGUUACCAAACCUAUUGAUACUAUAAAAGAAACUAGUCCCAAUAAUAUUCCACCUGGUUCUCCAAAUUUACUUUCUUAAUAAGACUUCUAUUUGAGAAGUCAAGAACUGAUGACUCCAGAUAGAUAAAGCAAUAUGAAUAAAGGGAAAUUUUUCAGCAUAUAUACAUUAUUAGAAAGCUUUAAAAGUCCCAACGAAUAGAUUCGACAAGUUUGCACUGUAUAACAUAAUUAAACUGGAGUUACGAAAAUUGCAAUAAUAUAAAGCCAUCAUUAAAAAUAAAUGGAUUUAAAUAAGUUAUAAAGCAAAAUUCAAUUACUUAAAAAAUUAGUAAUAAACUAGUCUAUAAUAGGAUCAUCCAAAUAUAAUGUCAAUUUAUGAAUAUUUUGUUGAUUCUAAGCAAUUAUAUAUAGUUACCGAAAAUUAUAAUGGAGGAACACUUUUUUCAAGACUUAAAUCUGAUAAUAAAGACAAUUCAGUAAGCAAAAAUAUAUUAAUAUAAACAUACUUUUAAUAAAUUUUUGCAGGAUUAUAAUACUUACAUAGUAAAGAAAUAAUCCAUAAGUAAUUUUAUUUAUAUAUAUUAUUAGGUAUCUCAGAGCUUCAAACAUACUUUUUUAAAGUUAGCAAAAUUAAUUGAUUAAAUUAGUUGAUUAUAGUAAUACAAGAGUGAGAUAAAGAGAAGAUGAUUAACUUGAUCUUAAUUAUUUAGCACCUGAAGUAAUUUAAUAAUAAUAAUACUCUCCAGCAUCUGAUAUUUGGGCAUGUGGAGUAUUAUUAUAUGAAAUUUGGACAAGAUCUCGCCCAUUCUAAGGAGAUAAUAUUAAAGAGACAAAGGAAAAUAUCAUCAAAUGUAAAAUUACUAAAGACGAAUCUUGGAAUAAAAUUCCUCCUCUUGCAUAAAAAUUAAUUAAUUUAAUGCUGAAAAUUGAUCCAGGUAUAUCUUUUUAAUAUUUUUAUUAGACAAACGAAUUACUGCAACUUAGUGCUUAUAACAUGAGUAUUUAAAAAAUAUUGCUAAUUAUACUGAUAAAUCUUUUAUUAAUGAUAUACUUUUAAGAAUCUAAUCUUAUUAGACAAAAUCGGAGUUUCAAAAAAUUUUAUUUUCUAUAAUGAUUAAUAAAUUUAUUGAUGAAAAAGAAAAAGAAAAAUUAAUGAUUGCUUUUGAAGCUAUUGAUGAUAAUAAAGAUGGUAAGAUUACAAAAAGUGAACUUAAAACAUUCUUAGCUUCAGAAAAAUAAAAACCAUUUGCGGAUAAAAUAUUUAAAAUUUUAGAUUCUAAUUAAAAUGGUUAUAUUGAAUUUAAUGAAUUUUUAUUAGCUUGUUGUAACACUGAAAAAUUAGCUAAUUAAGAAAACUUAGAAUUAUUUUUUAAAUUUAUUGAUAAAAAUUAAAGUAAAUAAAUAACAAUCAAAGAAUUAAAAUCUUUAUUCAUAGAUGCUAGAUUAACUGAUAAAGAAUGGGAAAUUAUAUUUAAUCAAGGAGAUUUAAAUUAAAAUGGAAAACUUUCUUUUGAAGAAUUUUCUCAACUUCUAUCUACUCAUCCAAAUUGA